GUUAUACACGCGAAAUUUGUUAGAAAAUCAAUGAAAACUUCGAAUUUUCAAAUUUUUACAGCAAAAAAUUUAAAUGUUUUUUAACGUUUGAUAUAAAAAUUAUAUGCUCCUUUUCAUUCAAGUUAAGGUAUAGAAAUUUAAAACUAAAUAACAUAUGUUACUUUUUACAUUAUAAUCAUAUCUGGUGGGGUAAAUUAGUAUCAUAAAAUCUGUGUAUAGGGAAUAUGAAUACGGCAAAAAGUUGUAGUAAGAAUAUUUCAUACAGUGUGUAAUAACAAAUCAACAUGGGCUAUUAAAAUUUAAUAAAAUAAUUAAAUUUUCGUUACACAAUUCGUUAUAGUUUUGCAUUGCAAGUUAAAUACCGUAAAAUCAGUAUAACUCACGGUAUAUUUCUUAUUGCGAAUAGGUUUUUUAUUUAAAGUGUGUGUAGGUUACAAUUGAAAUGUCAACAACUUCAAAAGUUGUUUUGACGUCUGUGGAAAUUUUCAUCAGCCUUUCAUAUAUGAAAAAAUUAAUGUUUAGCGAAAAAAUUCUUUCUGUGGAAAAAGUGUAAAAAAGUGCAAAAAUUUAAUAAUAGUGCAAUAUAAAAGUCAAUGUGUUAAUUAGUGUUAUUAACUGUAUUGAUGGAAUAGCGUUCAGGCGCUCAAUACCCAUGUGAAAUGGCUUUGAAUAUUUUGAGUACCAGCAACUUAAUUUAUGUGUAAUUAAUAUUCAUAUUUACACAAAAUGUUAAAACUAAGAAUAGCAAGAUUCGUACGAUUACGCACAUUAACAUGUUUAGCGUUUUUGCUCUGUGUUUGUCCAAAUCAACGAUGGGAAACACGGGCUGAUCGCAUCACAUUAUUACCUACAGUCCAGCAUUUACAACAUCAUGCUCCAUGCGAUCGUAGUCGUAAGGUGUUCACUGAACCGUACGGAGAAAUAAGUGACGGUCCUGCUGGUUUUAACUAUACGCAGGAUUCGCAUUGCGAGUGGUUAAUAAAGGCACGCAAUGAUAGUCAAUUUAUAACACUCACUUUCCAUAGCAUGGGCACCGAGUGCGCUUAUGAUUACAUUUAUGUGUAUGAUGGGGACUCAUUUAAUUCCACGCUGCUAGGCAGCUUUAGCGGUCGUACCCAACCGCAGCGAUUGGUUGCGAGAAGUGGAAGUAUGCUUAUACUUAUGUACAGUGACACAAAUUAUGUGCUCGAUGGUUUUCGGGCUUCAUAUUACAUAUCAAAUUGCUUGAAUAAUUGCCAUAAUCAUGGGAAAUGUGUGGGGCACCAAUGCGUCUGUCAUGGAGAGUGGGUCCUGCCUGAUUGUGAAAGUGAGGCAUGUCCAAAUAAGUGCGGUGAGUCGCAAGGGCGUGGUAAAUGCGUCAAAGGUAUUUGCCAUUGUGAAAAGGGCUUCAGCGGGCGCUUAUGUGAUUUAUAUAUAAAUCCUCAGGGCGGAAAUUGGCGCUGGCUAGCCACCGACGCAGAGGGUAUGACACCGCGUGCAGCUCAUACUGCCGUUUAUCUAGAAGAACAUGAUGCUCUUUAUGUUUUCGGUGGUUAUGACUUAAAUAAUGUUAUCAAUUCAUUGCAAAUUUAUCGCUUUAGCAGUAGUCAAUGGGUAGACGAGUGGGGGCUUUUGUUACAAGAUCACAAUUAUUCACAGAAAAUAAAUGCCACUUUACUGAAGGCAGUUUUGCAACAUAAAAGCGAAGACGAAGCAAAACUUUGGGGAUUGCGUAGCGAUGUAUCAUUCUUUCGAAAUAUUUUAUAUACGUUAGCAGAGUCAAAUUUACAUCAACAACGCUCUUCACAGUUGAUUGCAGAUGUUAACGCCAAUACCACAAACGAACAAAUACCUGAGUAUUUUGAAGACAUUUUAGAAGAGGUAACUGAUAAUAAACCCGAAGGUCGAUACGGACAUGCUGCAGAUCGUGUGCCUGGUGGUUUCGUGAUAUUUGGUGGCAAGAAUGGAAACGGUAGUUUCUUCAACGAUUUGUGGUUUUAUAAUAGCACAGAAAGUGGCGGCAAGUGGAAGCAGUGGGCACGAAAUUCAAAGCUGAAACCACCAAAAGUUGCGCGCCAUACAAUAACAUUAGCUGGCGAAUACUUGUAUUUAUUUGGUGGUAGUCUCGAAACGGGCGAAUUUUCAUCAAAAAUAUACCGUUUACGUUUGCCUAUUUAUACCAAAAACAAGUUUUUUGAACACCCAGUUGGUGAUGAUGAAUCAACGAGUUCGGCCUAUGAAAACGAUGAUGGUACAUUCAAUGCCGCUGAUGAGGAUGACGAUGGUCAGUGGGAGUUCGUGCAUCCGCGUGGUGGUAAAUCAUUAGAUGUGCGCCUAGCUGCGCACAGCACUGUCUACUAUAGUGCAACAAAUUCCUUAAUUGUUUUCGGCGGCAUUAUGUCAAGUUUGGCGCGUUUCUCCAAGCUUUCAGAUAGAAUUUUCGCAUUCCAAUUAGAUAAAUUGCAUUGGACAGAAAUACUAUAUCCACGCACUGCCUUACGUGACACAAACAUUCCACACGAACGCGCCUUCCAUUCCGCGACGAUCUCCGGCAAUUACAUGAUGGUCUUCGGUGGCUACACACACCGCCACAAUAAGGACGAAAUCUGCUAUGACAAUCAAAUGUAUUGGUAUCAUCUCAGUUGUCAUAUAUGGAUCAAUCAAGUUGUAUCGGCGGAAGAAAGUUUGUAUCCAAAAAAACAAGGUGUAUUUGCCCACGCCGCCGCACUAAGGCGCAACAAUACAUUAUUAAUUGUUGGAGGUUAUCAUGGCAACGUAAACGCCGAUCUCUUUGCCUACGAACUGCCACAAGUACUACGUCUACAAAAUCAUGGCUACAAUCCGGAGAUGUCAUGUCGCUUACAUACCUCACACACAGCUUGCCUAUCGAAUCCGGAAUGUGGUUGGUGUUCGGCUGACAGUAGCUGCUACGGACGCACUAUUGGCGCCAAUUGUACUACAAAUUUGCAGACUACUCGCUGUCCCGGCAUCUGUCCAUCGCUUGGGGAUUGCCAUUCAUGUUUGGUGCAUGGCACACAGUGGCACACCGACACCGAUCAUUAUUUCUCGGUCGCCAGCAAGUUGGGACUCAAUGAGUGCACUUGGUGCGUUCAAAAUGCUAAAUGUCAUCAUCGUGAUGAUAACUAUGGCAUUUGCGGUGAAGAUACGCCAUCACGCAGUCCCGGUUGGUGGGGCGAAAAGGGCACCGAAAUACGACAACCCUCACAAUGCACCAGCAAUGAUAAGCGGCCUGGUCUUACAUACAUAAAAUACCAUCAUCCGGUCAAUUUGACAAUGCCCGACUUUGUGGCUAUUGUAAAUGCGACGAUGGUGGACUUUGGCUCGCCCGCGCCUGCAACGCAGUAUGAACAGAAGUUGGAGGGCGAAAUGUUGGCGCGUUUGGUAGGAUUUGUGCGUCCACAAAAAACUUGGGAGGAACCCUCCGAGAUACAGGUCUGCACCAGUUAUUCAUCAGCAUUCCUUCGCGCAGGUUUGGGCAAAAGCUUAGACUCACUUAAGGAAUUGACUAAUCGUUCUACAAAUCAAUCAUACUGCGGUCCCGUUGAGAUACCCAGCACAGACCAACCGUUUCUCAUCGAUUUUCAAGCACGACGUCGUGUCGGUCUAUCCACUUUGCAUAACGCCUAUCAAAAAACGAAAAUGGAAUUGUAUCACAUAUUCCACGGCAAUCUAAAUGCUUUCACCUUCGAGUACCUUGAACCCUACUACUCCGGAAAUUGCACGCAAUACGUCAAUUGUCUGCAUUGCUUAACCGAUUCGGCCUGUGGUUGGUGCGGUCUGACUGCAAAAUGUGUCGAAAAAACUGUAAACGAGACUGAGACUUGCACGCUAGCCGAUAGCUCAGCGCUUGCCGGCAAUGACGGCUACUGGGAAUAUCUCAUCACACAACCGAGCCAGUGCGCCAACUGCUCCAACUACGUUUCCUGCAAUGAAUGCGUGACGUCUGGCCUGUGCGAAUGGUGGACGGAGGAGGCGCGGUGUGCACGUUUCGGCAAAUCCGAACAUGGUGUGCGCAAUACUUCGAUGUGUCCGAUACCCUGCCGCUUGCGCACUUCAUGCGAUCAAUGCUUAAACGAACGCGGCCGUUGCGUAUGGUGCGAGGCGACAUCGCAGUGCUUCAGUUUUGCCGUUUACACCAGCGAAUACCAGUUCGGCAUGUGUCGUGAGUGGUUGGACCAAAUUGUUUUGAACGAAACACAGCGCAUUACCGAUUAUACGCAGAUCGGUCAUGAUGCCACUACAACUACACUGCAACAACAACCGACACUACCUCAGAAACUGCCCGCUACGCAGUGUAAAUCUUGCACUUUGUACACCAAUUGCACUUCUUGUCUGCGCACGCUCAGCUGUGGCUGGUGCUUUGACCGCGACAAUCCCAUCGAAGGUGUGUGCAUGCAAGGCGACUUUAGCCGUCCGUUUGGCAACUGUUCGCUAGCCUUGAAUAGUCCCACGCAGCAUGAUGCCGAAUGGGCGUAUGCGCAGUGUCCCGACGUCGAUGAGUGUGGAUUGGGUCUGCAUGAUUGUCACAAGGAAGCCAAAUGCACGAAUACGCAUGGCUCGUAUAAUUGUCAUUGUCGGCGCGGUUAUGUUGGCGAUGGUCGGCAAUCGUGCGUGCGCACUUGUUACGAGAAUUGUGUGCACGGUUAUUGCUCGGGUUCAGCAGAUUAUGUGUGCAAAUGCGAACUGGGUUGGACUGGCACAGACUGUUCGAUCAAUUGCGGCUGUAACAAUCAUUCGACGUGUGUGGAACGUGUGGGUAAAUGUGAUCAGUGCCAAGCGUGGACCGAGGGCGAACGUUGUGAGCGCUGUCGCCAAGGCAGCUAUGGCAAUGCCACAUCGGCCGAUGGUUGUCAUCCCUGUGAAUGCAAUGGUCAUGGCAAUCAGGAUUUGGGUAUUUGCAAUGUCGGCACUGGCGAGUGCUAUUGCAAGGACAACACAGUGGGUUUGAAGUGCGAUCAGUGCGCUAACGGUUACUAUGGUGAUCCACGCGAUGGCGGCCAAUGUUACUUCCAAUGCGAAUCGCGUGGCAUGCUAACGAAUAUCGGACGAAGUGGUAUCGGUUCGUAUCAGUCAUAUAAAAAUCCUUGGGGCGCCAGUUUGGAAGUGCGCGAAUGCUUAUGGAUACUAUCGCCGAAAACUCUACAAGCCGAGAAGUCGCUACUGCAGUUGGAGUUCGAAUGGCCCAGUUUGGCGAUGGACUGCGAUGAGAAUGCUGUUUACAUAUACGAUAGCUUGCCCGAUUUGACUGGUGCAACGCAGCAAAACCAAUUAAUAUCGGUUGUAUGCUCGCCAUACACGGCCACACACAUCGUGGAAGCGCGCUCAAGUCAUGUCACCGUUUACUAUAAACAAGGUGGCGAUCGUCAGAAAUUCGGUUUUAAUGCAUUGUACACAGUGAAGAAUUGCGCUGCGCGCUCCUGUCUGCAUCCGCACAUCUGUGACGAGCAGCAACGUUGCGUCUGUCCCGCCGGUUAUGUGGGUGCGCGUUGCGAGAUCGAAAUAUGCCCGAAGAAUUGCAAUGCCAAACGCAUGCAAGGCUACUGCGACACUGACUAUGGACGCUGUAUUUGCAAUAGCAGCUACGCGGGUGCCGAUUGUGGCACGCUCAUCAAGCCAAAUCAUCUGGUCGUUACAGAUCUCUUCAAUACGCUGCUGCUGAGCGACACCUAUGAACAUCUACGUAAAACCAUACCGCGUUUCGGGCAUUCAGUAAAUGCCGAUAGACGCGGCUCUCUCUGGAUGUUUGGCGGUUAUUCGCCAUCACAUGGUCCGCUCAAUGAUUUCCGGCAAUUCGAUGCGAAGAACGGCACUUGGAUGCAGGUGACUGUCGAAUCGACACCGGACGACAAAAUGCCGUUGGGUCGUUAUUUUCAUGCCUCGGAAAUCUACUUGAAGAAACAAAUAAUUUUCAUUUACGGCGGCAUAAGCAUACGCGGUGAACAAGAAGAACGCACCUCACAACUCAUACUCGACGAUUUCUGGCAAUUCUCCAUACAAAAUCAACGCUGGAGUGAAAUUGAGCUGUUGCAGCGACGCGAGAAACCACCGGCACUGGCCGGUCACACAUUGACCCAAAUUAGGUACAAUGAACGUGAGUCAUUGAUACUGAUUGGCGGCAUGACACGCAAUAAGUCGCGCCAGCUGGAGUUGUGGGAAUUCAAUUUGGAGACUUUCCGCUGGGAGCAGUUGUUGGCGUUGGGCGUACGCAUGCCCGUGCUUUACGGUCACAGCACAGUAUACAGCGCAGAUUCGCACAUACUCUAUGUUUUUGGCGGUUAUUCCGUCGAGCCGCAGAACAAACUGUACGCGCUGAACUUGCAAAAGAUGACUUGGACUGAGCUGCCGACGUUCAAAGAGAUGUCGCGUCCUGAUGUGCUAUUGCCGCGUGCGCGUUACUUUCACUCAGCUGCCACUACGGAAAACUACAUGAUCAUCUAUGGUGGACGCACACAUCCUUAUGAUGCCAGCGACGUGCUGAUUGCUUACAUCUAUGAUUGCAAUCAAUGGAUACGCUUGACGGAAGAGGUGCACGUGGUCGGCAGACUGCCGCAUUCGACAUACGCCGAGGCGAUCUCCAUAGAUCAUGAUAGCAAAGCUAUCUAUGUAAUUGGCGGUUGGGAUGGCAGCGCGUCGCAGAGUCACGUGACACGUAUCAAUUUACCCGAUGAUAUUUGCCAACUAUGGAGUGCCAACAAGUAUUUGUGCCGCACACAUAAAGGCUGCAGUUAUUGUACGGUUUCGGGCACCUAUAGUUCCGCCUCGUACUGUUUCUCCGAAGGCGACUCCGCUGUUUGUGAACAUCGCAAUGGUACUUUAGUCUACAAUAAUGGCGCGGCAUGCGAUGAUGCGUGGAUGUCGCGGCGCAAUUGCUCCAGCUUUAGCACAUGCAGCGCCUGUCUGGCCUCUUGGCCGACACAUGUGGAGACGACACCGGUGUGUCAGUGGUGUGACGAGUGUGGCAUCAAGGGGCGUUGUGUACCGGCUGGUGUGGACUGUGAACGCCAUAGCACAUGGUGUAAUAAGGAGAUCAGUGUCGGUCUGCUGAAUCUCUGUCCGCAACCGCAAUGUCAUACCUUGCACUGUGAGGCGUGUGUGAUGAAUGAGAAUUGCGAAUGGGCGCAGAGUGAGUUGGGUACAAUCGAGUGUAUUACAAAAGAGCUGGUGGAGCAGAAUCAAUAUCGCAUUAUCGGUGAAUGUCCGAUGCCAUGUCACAUCUAUAAAAACUGCAGCACUUGUCUGAACAACUACGACGAGAAUCCGAAGGACUGCAAAUGGUCAACAAUGUUGAAUAGCUGUAUUUCACCACAAUCACAACCGCUGCUUUGCGCUGGUGGCGUUUGUGGUUUGGUGUUGGAGAUGAAUGAGACCUCACAUUGUCCAGAACCCUGUCAUGUCUACGACCAUUGUUCCACUUGCUUGGAGCAUGCUCAUUGCGGUUGGUGCGCACGUGAUGGAUUCAACGGUGAUGGCAUCUGUACAGAAGGUUCACUUGAGAACAAGCAGGAAUACCCGUCCGGUUCAACGUGUGAUCUUAUCUAUACCUCGCGACGUAAUGACUCACAGCUUACGCCAGCCGAUGUGGUCUCCUGGCAUUAUGUGAAAUGUCCGGCUGAGAAUGAAUGUACGAAUGGCCAUCACAACUGCAAUCCGAUUUCGGAACGCUGUAUCGACACGGAUGUCGGCUACACCUGUCAGUGCGGUGAGGGUUAUCGCGAUGAGAAUGGCACAUGCCUGCCCGUUUGCAGUCAGGGUUGUGUGCGCGGCAAAUGCAUCAAGCCGGACAACUGUACCUGUGACUUUGGUUAUGUUGGCGCCAAUUGUAGUAUACAAUGCUUGUGUAAUGGUCAUUCGAACUGUGGAGGACCUGAUCGACUGGAUGUGUGUCUGGAGUGUCACAACAAUACGAAGGGUGCUCAGUGCGAAAAGUGUAAACCAUUAUUUGUCGGCAAUCCGAAGGAGGGUCACGAAUGUGUGCCAUGUCUGGCAUACUGCAAUGGUCACUCCGAUGUUUGUUUGGCACAAGACUCGGAUCCCGCUCACUUCAAUAUGACACGCGCCGAACUGGAAGAAGUAUUGCAGGAGGGCCCGGAGAGCAAUGCAACUUGUCUGCGUUGUGCGAAUAGCACUGCGGGUGAUCGCUGUGACACAUGCAUCGUUGGCUAUUUCCGUGGUAGUGAAGAUCAUCAUAAGGCUUGUCGGCCAUGUCAGUGCCAUGGACAUGGCAACGUUUGCGAUCCCGUAACUGGUGAGAAAUGUAAUUGUGGCAAUAAUACAGAGAGUGAUGCAACUUGUACGGCGGGUGGUGGCAAAAACUCCGCCCAACUCUGUUGGAGUGUGCAAUGUUCAAAAUGUCGAGACUCGUAUGCGGGCAACCCUAUCGAUGGUCAUCAGUGCUACAAGCAAAUAACUGUGGAAUCGCGUAUGUGCUUCGAUGCCAAGCCAAUAGAGGAGUGCAAAUCAAAACCAGCGGCGCUUCGACCAGGCCAAACGGUAUUUUUUGUUAUACAACCACGUUUUAUGAACGUCGACAUUCGCAUCAUAAUCGACGUUACGCAAGGCGAAUUGGAUGUGUUCAUGUCACCACAAGACGACUCCUUCAUUGUGGAGACCAACGAAACGACGGGCUUCCAUGAAAUCUUCCUGGAUAAUCGCUACAAUUGGGUACCCAAAAGUAAGCGUAAUCAUCCAUUGCACAUAGCAAUGCCACGCACCGACAAUAUAACUGCCAGCAAACUGGUGAUGCACGACAAACGCAAUAGCUUCUAUGUGCCACACAUACAAGACUGCAAGAGUCACGGUGGUCAUAGUUUCCAUGUGAAGGAUAAACAUGCCAAGGAUUUGAGUACACAUGUCACGCUGAAUCAAUGCAACACGCUGUUGCGGCUUUUUGGCCUAAAGAACCGUUUAGUGUUAACAUUGCCGCAGAAUGCUCAUAAUUUAAGUGCUACACGUUUCUUCAUAGCAUUACGCGCCGGAGCCGGACCGGAGCACAGUUAUGGUUCGGUAGUUUUUCGACAAGAUCAACUACAUAUCGACUUGUUUGUGUUCUUUUCCGUCUUCUUUUCAUGCUUCUUCCUCUUCCUGGCUGUAUGCGUGGUUGUGUGGAAGGUGAAGCAAGCGGCCGACUUGCGACGUGCGCGACGUCAACAUGUCGUCGAAAUGUUACACUUAGCAAAGCGGCCAUUUGCGCGCGUCUUCCUCACAGCUGGCGCUUUGGAUAUGGAAAGCCCACAGCCGGCACCGUCAUCAGCGCGUUCGGUGCGUAAUAUAACGGGUGCACGUUCGCGUCAUGCAGCCGCCGGUACGCAUGCGCCGGAAAUAUUGCUUAUCGCUAUUGAACCGACGGCGGAUAAUUUGGCGGCGGUGGGCACAGUGUUUGUCAGUUUACCCGGACGUCAUAAAGCGCCGCUAAGCAUGGCACUCGGCUCAGCGCUAAUCACAUAUCCCAGACAGUUUCCGUUAAACGCGCGCAAUUUUAUGCGCACCCAGCGUGGUGGUGGCGGUGCGGGCGGUGGCGCCGGUGCAGUAGCUGUUGGCGGUGGUGCGGCUGUGUUGGGCAAUCAUGCGGCGUAAGUAUUUAUAAUUUAAGGUUCCUUGUUUUUUCACUAAUUCUUUGCAGUGUACACUGGCUAUAAACUCAAUUGUAGUCACCUAUUGUCGUUUACAGUAAUUUUAUUGGUAGGGAGAUAAAUAUUUCUUCAGUUAUUUUACUCUUAUUUUAUUUUCGAACAAAUUAUUUUUAAUUAGAAUAUUUUUUUUUUUGUUUUUAAUAACUUUAAAAAGAUUUCAGAGUUGUCAUAAUUUUUUCUUUAAUUAAAUUAUUUAUAAUUAUAUUUCAUUAUUUUUU